AUCAUGAGUCUCCUGGGGCGGGUAGCUGUGCGUGGAGCCAGGAAAGCCGCCCUGCUCUGUGUCAUCUUCCUUGUGGUGCACGUGUGCCUGGAGGUGGCCGUGGAUGCAGGGGGGCCCCAAGGCUGCCCGCCCGUCUGCUCCUGCAGUAAUCAGUUAAGCAAGGUGGUGUGCACUCGUCGUGGCCUGACCCGUGUACCUCCAGGCAUCCCCACCAACACCCGUCACCUCAAUCUCAUGGAGAACUCCAUUGAGGCAGUGCAGGCUGACUCUUUUCGUCACUUACACCAUCUAGAGGUGCUCCAGCUAGGACGCAAUGCCAUUCGGCAGAUUGAGGUCGGUGCAUUCAAUGGCCUGACUAACCUUAACACAUUGGAGCUCUUUGACAAUCGGCUGACAGUGGUGCCCAGUGGGGCCUUCGAGUACCUGUCCAAGUUGCGGGAGCUGUGGCUCAGGAACAACCCCAUUGAGAGCAUCCCAUCCUACGCAUUCAACCGCGUGCCCUCGCUCAUGAGAUUGGAUCUGGGGGAGCUGCGCAAGUUAGAGUACAUUUCUGAUGGGGCAUUUGAAGGGCUGCACAACCUCAAGUACCUCAAUCUGGGGAUGUGCAACAUUAGAGGCGAGAUGCCCAACCUGAACCCCUUGCAAGGGCUGGAGGAGCUUGAUAUUUCUGAAAAUCUCUUCCCAGAGAUCAAGCCAGGUUCUUUCCGUGGACUGAAUUCACUCAAGAAGCUAUGGAUCAUGAACUCUCAAAUAGGUCUGAUUGAGCGGAAUGCAUUCGAUGACCUAGUAUCAUUAGUGGAACUGAACUUGGCCCACAACAACCUGAGCUCCUUGCCUCAUGACCUCUUUGCCCCAUUGAGAUACCUGGUGGAGCUGCAUCUCCACCACAACCCAUGGAACUGCAGCUGCGACUCUGUGUGGCUCUCAAGGUGGUUGCGCGAGUACAUCCCAACCAACUCCACCUGCUGUGGCCGCUGCCAUGCCCCAGCACACAUGCGAGGUCGUCAGUUAGUAGAGUUGGACCGUGGGGAUGGCAGCACCCUUCAGUGUUCAGCACCUUUCAUCGAGGAUGCCCCAAGAGACUUGAACAUCUCAGCAGAACGUGUGGCCGAGUUCCAGUGUCGCACAGCAGCCAUGUCGUCAGUGCGGUGGCUCCUGCCAAAUGGGACCAUUCUGACACAUGCCUCCAGCCACCCCCGGAUAACAGUGCUCAAUGAUGGAACGCUCAACUUCUCCAAUGUGCUGGUGGGUGAUACAGGCAUGUACACUUGCAUGGUGUCCAACGCGGCAGGCAAUUCCAAUGCUUCGGCCUACCUCAAUGUGAGCGCAGCCGAGCUCAACACAUCAAACCUAAGCUAUUUCACCACAGUCACGGUGGAGGUGCUAGGUUCUACGUCUGAGAUGCCCAAAUCCAAGACCACCACCACUACCCCAGGCUCCAGCACAACCACCACUGCAUCACCAUCAGUCUUUCAACCAGUCUUCAUCUCAACGCCAACAGUACUGCUCCAGAGCACCGAUGUGCCAUCAGGCCGUCCAUCAGCCGUUCCAGCUUCCAAAGUCACAACAGUGAGACCACCCAACACAGGAGGCACCAGCCUGGAUGAAGUGAUGAAGACCACCAAGAUAAUCAUUGGCUGCUUUGUGGCAGUAACUUUGCUGGCAGCAGUCAUGCUCAUUGUGUUUUAUAAACUGCGGAAGCGACACCAACAAAAAAACACAGGUGCAGUGGCCAGGGCAGUGGAGGUUAUUCCAGUGGAUGAGGACCUACCUCCACGGGCCUCAGCUACUACCAUAACGGGAGAAGGGACUCUCACAUUGCCAGAGAUAAGGGACCACAACAGUAUUCACAAACUGGACUACAUAACUCACAAAUCUGACUACAGCCAUCACAAACCCAAGCCGGAGUAUAGUACCCUAAAACCCAAGACAGAUUACAACACCCACAAAUCUAAAUUGGACUACAGCAGUCACAAAUCAGCACUGGAGUACUCCCACAAAUCUCUGCCUGACUACCACACACACAAACAAAAACCUGACUACAGUCCUUUUAAACCAGAAUACAGCACUUAUAAGCCUGACUAUGGCUCUCACAAACCGAAACCAGACUACAGCCCAUUCAAAUCAGAUUACAGCACUCACAAAUCUAAAACGGACUAUGGUUCACACAAACCUAAAACAGAUUAUACACCACACAAAGCAGCCCCUGACUUCAGUCCCUUCAAGUCAGACUGCAGUCCUUUCAAACCAGACUACAGUGCAUUCAAGGCACACUACAGCCCCCUCAAAGCGGAAUAUGUUAGUCACAGAUUGGACUACAGCCCUCACAAACCCAAAAUGGAUUACAGUCCUCACAAGAUGGACUACAGUCCUCCUAAGAUCGACUACAGCACUCUGAAGCCCAAAUACAACACCUACAAGCCAGCAGGACACGCAGCCAAAUGGACAGAGAAUAGCAUUGGAAACUCUCUCCCACGAACCAUGCCCAGUGCCAUCACAGCCAUUCCUGAACCCAUUGUCAUAAAAACCCACACGAAGGAGAAAGUACAAGAGACUCAAAUCUAA